GUUUUGCCAUCUCUAUUUCGAAUUUGUGUUGUUUUUGCCAGAGAUAUUUCAGAUUUUGCAUUUAUAUUCUAAAUAUUCUAUAAAACAUGUCUCGUAAGGAAGCCCUGUCUCAGUUUAUCAAUCAGAUACACGGUCGCCCCGUGGCUGUGAAGCUUAAUAAUGGCGUGGACUACCGAGGGGUUUUGGCUUGUUUGGAUGGCUACAUGAACAUCUGCCUGGAACAAACGGAGGAGUACGUCAACGGACAGCUGAAAAACAAGUACGGCGAUGCCUUUAUCCGGGGAAACAAUGUGCUCUACAUUUCCACGCAGAAGAGAAGGGUCUGAAAUCGUAGUCCUAAGGUUUAUUCCAUAAAUACAACAGUCUCCAGAAAAAAUUCUAACAUUAUUCUUAAUUGGAAUAGAGAGGAACAGAUUGCAGUUCAGUCAUCUGCUGUUGCUUAUGCUGCAUAGCUUCUGACUUGUUUAAAAACAUUAGCUCUUCUGCACACCCAAUUAGUAAGCCAUUUUUGGAAUAGUGCUAAUUGCAUAGUUUCUUCCAGUUUUAAAAGUAAAAGAAUAAUCAUGGUCUUGGCUUUGCAAUGCCUAGAUACAAUAUCAAAUCAAUCCAAUAGGUAUCGCAGUAGUUCCUAUAGGUUUCCAAGUGAAGCAAGAAGUUCAAAGUUCGUAACUUAAAUUUAUUUCAUAAAUAAAUUAUUUAAAUAAAUUCUGCUGUCAUCCGCAA